ACGACCGAGGUGCCGUUUGUUUGUCGUUCGUGGCCCUCAGCUGUGUCCCUAGACUGGGACGUGGCCCCAGGAUCUCUUGAAGAAGCUGGUCCCUUUUCGGUCCCUCCCAGUGAUGGGGGGGAGCUGUUAGCUUCGCCAGCAGCUGCAGAGCAGCGGGGGUGGCCCAUGGACCUGCCAGAGAGCCAGGCGGGCAGCCCCGCUGCCGAAAUGUACCUCUGGGACCAGCCAGAGGAGGGGAGCCUGGGGACGGGGACGCUGCUCAGCUUAGAGGAACAAAUACUCAACUCCACGUUUGAAGCUUGUGACCCCCAGAGGACAGGCACUGUGGCUGUGACCCAUGUACUAGCCUACCUGGAGGCUGUGACGGGACGGGGCCCCCAGGAUGCACGCCUCCAAACACUGGCCUGCAGCCUGGACCCCAAUGGGGAGGGCCCUCAGGCCACUGUGGACUUGGACACCUUCCUGGUCAUCAUGCGGGACUGGAUUGCUGCCUGUCAGCUGGAUGGGGGAUUAGAGCUGGAAGAGGAGACCGCCUUUGAGGGAGCCCUGACCUCCCAGCAACUGCCAUCUGGACGCUCAGAAGCUGAGGAUCCAGCCAACCUGGAGAGCUUCGGAGGCGAAGACCCCAGACCUGAGCUGCCCGCCACAGCCGACCUGCUGAGCAGCCUGGAGGACUUGGAGCUCAGCAACCGCCGGCUGGCCGGGGAGAACGCCAAACUGCAGCGCAGUGUGGAGACGGCCGAGGAGGGUUCCCUGCGCCUCGGGGAAGAGAUUUUGGCUUUGCGCAAGCAGCUCCGCAGUACCCAACAGGCUCUGCAGUUUGCCAAGGCCGUGGAUGAGGAACUGGAGGACCUGAAGACUCUGGCCAAGAGCCUGGAGGAACAGAAUCGCGGCCUUCUGGCCCAAGCCCGGCAGACGGAAAAGGAGCAGCAGCAGCUGGCGGCUGAGAUAGAGAGUCUGCAGGAGGAGAACGGGAAGCUGCUGGCUGAGCGGGAUGGAGUAAAGAGGAGGAGUGAGGAGCUGGCCACAGAGAAAGAUGCUUUGAAGCGGCAGCUCUACGAGUGUGAACGCCUCAUUUGCCAGCGAGACGCCAUCCUCUCCGAGCGUACUCGCCACGCGGAGAGUCUGGCCAAGACCUUGGAGGAGUACAGAACCACAACCCAGGAACUGAGGCUGGAAAUCUCACACCUGGAGGAGCAGCUGAGUCAGACCCAUGAGGGGCUGGAUGAGCUACCCGAAGGGGCUCAGGUGAGGAGAGUGGACUGGACCAAGCUGCCACCACCAUCGCUGGGUGUGGAGAUCCAGGCCAUUCGGCAGAAACAAGAAGUGGCAGCCGCCGAUCUCUCCAACCCUUUGUGUGGCGUGUGGCAGUGGGAGGAGGUCAUCAAUGAGACCAAUGAGGAAGCUGAGUUUCCACCUGAAGCCCCAAGUGGGGGGCAGAGAAACUUCCAGGGAGAGCCUGCGUACCCUCAUGAAGGAAGGAAGGAGCGAUCAAUGUGGUUGCCCAGAAGAGAGAAAGAAGAGGAAGCAGAGAUCCGGGUCACGGUGGAUCUCCCCAUCCCUCUGGGAGACUCACACCCUGGAGACAUCCCAGGAAGCCCUCCCGAGAGCAGGCCCUCAGAGCCGGAGCUGCAGCAAGCCCUGGUGCCGGUGGUGAAGGAGCUGGUCCCAGUCAGGAGGCCAGUCUGGGGCCACCUCUGCCUGCGCCCCCUGCACCCCCAGCAGCUCAGAGUCACUCGGCACCCGCUGAUCCCGGCGCCGGUCCUGGGCCUGCUGCUGCUGCUGCUGCUGCUGCUGCUCUCGGUCCGGCUGCUGGGCCAGUCCCCGCCCCCCGCCUGGCCCCACCUCCAGCUCUGCUACCUCCAGCCGCCUCCGGUGUGAGGCACGCUUCCCACCGCCUCAGAGCGGCGUCUAGUUCAGUGACUUACCUGGGGCUCUUUUUACUGCUAAUCCCGUGGGUGUGCCACUGUG